AUGGACGACCGUCGAGAAAGGACUCGCGCCGCGCUCCUUUCAAGGCGGAUUUUUGGGGCGCUGCUCCUCGCUGCAGCUGUGGCGGGCGCGCUCCCCCCCGCGGAAGCGGUUCCGCCAGGCAUGCCGCGGAAGCCCGCGCACAUCGUGCGGGUGCUGCUGCGACAGAACCGGUUUGGCGCGCGUUGCCUGGACGGAAGCCCGCCGGGGUUCUACAUUCGGCGUGGCUACGGCACGGGGCGGAAGAGCUUUAUAAUAUACCUGCAGGGCGGCGGGUGGUGCCAUAACGUGGCGCAGUGCGCGGAGCGCACGCAGACCGUGCUCGGAUCGUCCAAGUUCUGGCGCCACCCCACCGACCCGGCAUUCCAAGCCUCGGUGAGACUCGAUGAUGAUUCCAGGGCCCGUGUCUUCUCUCGUCCUUUCCCCCGCCAUUCCCGUCUCUAUGCCCCUACUCAAUCCGCGACUCAGCUGCAAAACUGCCUCCGCCAGCUGCCUGUGCAUCCCCCCUCUCCCUACCCCGACCCCUCUCCCCCUCUCUCCCCUCUCUCCCUCUGCCUCCCCUCUUUCCUCCGUAACUUCCCCCAACCGUUACUCCCGCCCCCUUCCCUUUCCCUCCCCCCCCCCCCCUCCUCUUCCCCCCCUGUCAAGACCUGCGACCUGCAGGUGCGGUGGGGAAUGCGCUCGGCGAAGAGGGUGCUGUUCACGGGGUGCUCGGCGGGUGGUCAGGCAGUGUCCAACACGUGCGACAUUGUGGCGGACCAGCUGCCCUGGGCCAACGUCAAGUGCCUCAUGGACGGAGGCUUCUUCCUGGAUGGCUCGGAUGUUACAGGGCAAAUGUACUUCCGUACGCUAGCCAAGAGGAUGACCGAACUGCAUCACUCUAUAAUGGAUCCCGACUGCAAAAACGCCAAUCCACGGGGCCCCUGGCGCUGCUUCUUCCCACAAUUCAAUCUCUUCUACAUCUCCAGACCACUUUUUAUCGUUAACUCAGUGGCCGACUAUGCAGCAAUUGAAAUCGCCAACCGUGGGCAGAACCAGUCUUCCACUACAAACAUCUUCAGCUGCCUCGACAAAGUCUACAACGCCGUGCGAUGGGCGACGGAGCACCUCCUCCGGCCAGGCGACCGCAUCGUCAUCCUGCACGCGCAGUCGCAGCCCGACCUCGUGCAGGGCAUGGUCGCUAAAGACGUCCCGCUGGACCCGGAAACGGUGGAGUCCAUCCGCACGCACAUCAGCAACCUCAGCCGCAGAACGCUGCAGAAAUGCCAGGAGAUUUGCGAGGCCCAUAAGUUCUCCGCGGAAACAAGGGCGGAGAUAGGAGAUGCACGCAUGGUGAUAUGCGAGCAGGCGGGGGAGCUGAACGCGGACCUGCUGGUGGUGGGCUCGCGGGGGCUGGGCCUUCUCACGCGCCAACUCCUGGGCAGCGUGUCCAGCUACUGCGUGCACAACGCGCCAGUACCCGUGCUAGUGGUGCGACCCGAGGGGGAGGGCACCAAGUGA